CCUUCACACCCCAAACUCCGCUCAACCUUUUAGCUCGGUUCGUUUGCCGGAGGGCUGGAGGCUGAAGGCUGAAUACAGAACAGGAGCUUGGCGUGUACGCGGGAGUCGACCUGCAGUUUGAGAGGAGAAUCUACACACACCCUCUGUCUCUGUGUGUGCGUGGAGGUCUGUAAUGGAAGACAUAGAGGAUUUGUUGGUUGGGAAUGGAGGAGCUCCGCCUGGGUUUAGGAUCUCCUUCGGUUCGGUGGGAAUAAACCCCAAGCAGAAGAAGAACAAACCAAAACUGAAGAGCCAUGCCUCUCUUGCUCCUCAAGCGCCUAAGAUUCCUGGCACUCAGACAAUUUAUAUGAGGACAUUUGGAUGCUCACAUAACCAGAGUGAUAGCGAAUACAUGGCGGGUCAGCUAUUGGCAUUUGGCUAUGCAUUGAGUGACAAUCCGGAAGAUUCAGACUUGUGGCUGAUAAAUACAUGCACUGUAAAAUCCCCAAGUCAGUCUGCCAUGGAAACUCUAAUAUCUAAAUGUAAAAGUUUAAAAAUGCCCCUGGUAGUGGCUGGGUGCGUGCCUCAAGGAAGUCAGAAUUUGAAAGAGCUAGAAGGGGUCAGUAUAGUUGGAGUCCAGCAAAUAGACCGUGUGGUUGAAGUUGUAGAGGAGACUCUUAAAGGUCAUGAGGUUAGGCUUUUGAAGCGAAGGACAUUGCCAGCUCUUGACCUCCCAAAGGUGAGGAAGAACAAGUUUAUUGAGAUUCUUCCUAUUAAUGUUGGUUGUUUAGGUGCUUGCACUUAUUGCAAGACAAAGCAUGCUCGUGGCCACUUGGGGAGCUACACUAUUGACAGCCUUCUAGGUCGUGUAAGAAGUGUUAUAGCUGGUGGAGUUAGGGAGAUAUGGUUGAGCAGUGAGGACACUGGAGCAUAUGGCCGUGACAUUGGGGUAAAUCUUCCAAUUUUAUUGAAUGCUAUUGUUGCUGAACUUCCCCCUGAUGGAAGCACAAUGCUUCGUAUUGGUAUGACUAAUCCACCCUUCAUUCUCGAGCACUUAAAAGAGAUAGCAGAAGUUCUGCGUCACCCUUGUGUAUACUCCUUUCUACAUGUACCAGUCCAAUCUGGAAGUGACUCUGUAUUGAGUACCAUGAACCGGGAAUACACUGUGAGUGAGUUCAGGGCUGUGGUGGAUACAUUGACUGAACUUGUACCAGGGAUGCAGAUUGCAACUGAUAUAAUAUGUGGCUUCCCUGGUGAAACAGAUGAAGAUUUUGCUAGCUCACUCAGUCUUGUAAAGGAGUACAAGUUUCCGCAAGUUCACAUUUCACAGUUCUACCCAAGACCUGGGACACCUGCUGCAAGGAUGAAGAAAGUUCCCAGUACCACAGUGAAGAAGCGAAGUCGUGAGUUGACAACUGUUUUUGAAUCAUUUACACCAUAUAAUGGAAUGGAUGGCAGGAUGGAGAGAAUAUGGAUUACUGAAAUAGCAACUGAUGGAAUUCACUUGGUGGGGCAUACCAAGGGCUAUGUGCAGGUGCUUGUAGUUGCUCCGGAGAGCAUGCUGGGGAGUUCAGCUAUUGUGAAAGUAACUUCUGUGGGAAGAUGGUCAGUUUUUGGGGAAAUUGUGGAGAUGGUUAAGGAAACUACUAAAGACAUGGCUUCAAGCAGGGUAGAGACUGGUCAGGACAGAUGUCUUCCUUGCUCCAGUCUACAGGGAACUUGGGAUUGUUCAGAAGGGUCGGAGCCUUGUGCUUGUGGACUGGAAAGCUGUACUUCGGAUGGGAAUGCUCCUGUUAAGGACAACACGAGCCUGGAACACAAGAGCAGCCAGAAUCUUAUGGGUUGGUUACUUAGGAAGCGAAAGAACCACAGGCAACAGCUGAUGGAUAACAGUAUCGCCUUGGAAUCCAAGCAAAAGAAAAGAGUUGAAAGAGAUACUGGGAAGCCGAGUUUCAUUGAUUGGGCUCUGCUUGCCGGAAUUCUUGCGAGCAGCUUGACCAUUGUAGCCGUGCUUCUACAUCUUGGGAUAAAUAAAUGAAUUGUCCUGUGGGGAUGGCCAUUCAUAAAUGUUUUUAUUUGGGGGUUUAUAAUUUCUCUUUUCUGCAUUAGCUGGGUUGCAGAUGGAUUUGCUCUCAUUUAAAUGUAAUCUGACAUUGUUUUUCUUCCUCGCGACUUUUAUUAUUAGGCUGGGCAAAUAGCCUAAAAUGGUUUUUGAAUUUUUGAAUAGAACUCUGCUUUACA